GAUAGAAAUAGUAUUCAGUAUCGCUCGAGAACAAGUCGGGAGGGAAUUCUUGGUACAACGAUCAGAAAAUGUUUUUCGUGUUAUCCAUAUUUUGUAUGUUAAGAUGGUGUGUGGUGCAGGCUGAACUUGACUUGAUGUUUGACGAGGCCAAGUGCGUGUAUGUCAACGAGGAGUACUUCAAACCAGGCUCAUGCAAGUUCGAAGUGAACGACGACAGCGAGUAUGGGAGUAGUUUGACUUCACGGUUUGAGAUCAUUAAAGAAUUCCCUAAAGGUGCUAUGGCGGCAGGUAAUCUAAAGGGAAUUCAGAUGGGCGAAUACACGAAUGAUAUGGGGCUUUAUAUGGAAAUGGACCUUUGCGAAAUAGCUUCCGGUAAUCAAAACAUAGCACUUCCUAUAAUGAGAGCCCUCGAUGUGAGUGGUGACAAUUGUCCCCCAAAACCGGGGAUUUAUGGAAAGGAAGGUUACGUUAUGGAUAAUUUUGAAGGCGUACCAGACUCGUUCCCUUCUGGCAAGUAUUUAUUAAAUAUUUCAACAUUUAAAGACGACGUCACGAUUGCAAAUUAUCAUUUUUAUUUAACCGUUUUAUAA